GACAAAAUUACAAGAUACAUUCACCAUUGUCAGUUUGUUGGCGUGAGAUAACGUAGAUACCUCCGAUGUCUUUCCAAUUGGCUCACCUUUACUUAAGCGUUGAAAUCGCCUGCUAUUAUGACUGGAUCUGAGAUUUUGUUUCAAUUAAUGAAAUAAACAUUUGACAGAAUUCAUCCUCUGUAUCAUGUGAACUGCAGUCUAUGGGUGUGUAGCGGAGAUUAUGAAUGAACAACGUCAAGUCUCGUGAUACCUCCUAGUUCUUAAAAAUCCGGUCAAUGGGACAACACACAAGCGUCAGUUGACUAGCCUCCAUUCCAGAAUUGCGCUUAAUGCUCGAGAACAAUGCUAUUUCUGUAGCAGCUAGUUCAUAUGAAUCUUCCGAUUCUCGUAAAGUGGAAUUUGUAGGUCCGUCGCAUUGGUCAGCUUAGUUCAAGUGAGUAACGACAUUUGGAUCCUGUAUACGCAUCUCAGAAAAAUACCAUACAUCCAUUCCAUAUUAUAUUUGUUUAUUUGAUUUAUAACACAGUGAUACAGUAUUAUUUACGUAUUAUUUACGUUUCGAGCAUAAAUUAUUGCUCAUAAUCAUAUGGAUAUGAGCAAUAAAUUAUGCUCAAAACGUCAUCAAGUAAAUAACACUGUGUUAUAAACCAAAUAAACAAAUAUAAUAUGGAAUUACAUUCUACCACAGUUCCAAAGUUCUACACUUACGUUAAGCACAAAUCCAUAGCUUGACGUUCAGGAGUUCUAGGGAGAGUUGCCAGUUGUCCAAUUUGGCAUGGAGUUGACAUGUCGAAAGCUCCAGUGCGCAAUCGACUAGGGGUUUUAGGAGACUAGGAGUGGUGUUGUCAAUGGUCACAGAGUGAGAGGUUGAGAAAGUUGUUAGGGUCGUAGUAUUGGUAUCAGAAAGUGAAGGCAAGGAGAGGGCAAAGUUAAGGAGAGUAGGUUACGGUUGAUUGGGUUUUGCAUUCUGUCGCAAGCUUAUGGGUGACUGAGUCAUCCUAGAUGCCCAUAUCAUAUAAUUUGUUUCUGCAGGGCAUCUGAAAAAGAGAAACAACCCAACUGAUAUCAGAGUGUGGGCUCUAACGUGCCCAGGGGUGUUCAAACACAGAGCCUUCAACAGAGUGAUCCAUUUACUUUAUGUUCGUUCUUUAAGACAUCUCGAUCGACGGAGUCGAGUGUCGUUGUCAGACCAAAAAGUGCAGCUAGCUGUGCUGCGAUGGUGAGUGUACCUUUGUUCCAGAACCUGACAGUGAAUAUCUGGUGGAUACACUCACAACCAGGUCUAAAACCUGCCUAAUUUUCUCGCGUUUGUUGCCCUGGAGCGUCACUUAGGUGUCUAAUAAUUAUAGAAUCUAGAAUUCUAUGUUCAUCAGACUGACUCCCCUGUGGUCAUCACACGUGUAUUUCCUCCCUUUCUUGAAGUCUGGGAUAUAACCACAGAAGUUCAUAUCUGAUUUUCAUUCACUAGGUAGUACUUAAAUUAACCUAGUCAACAUUCUACGAUUAUCCAUACACCUCUGGUAGCUUGUCAUCCGAUUCCGCUGUCCUCCCUCAUUUCAGUUUAUUCAUAGCCUUCUCAACUUCUGUAAAAGUUUAAAGGCCUUAUGUCAAAAUUUCAUUCGGGAAUUGACUAGACGGUGAGCCACGGAAUAGUAACCGAAUGUCAGUUAAGUUGUUCCCCGAAGUGUCUUAUCUAUCGUCUCAGUCGGACCAGAGAGGAUAGCAGACCCAUCCUUCAACAUAGUACCACUAACCAUCAACUUAUUUGCCCCAGUUUCUUUGAUAAUUUUAAAGAAGUAUCUACUGUUGGUAACAGGUUUGUGUGCGCUCAGUCUAAUUUUUUCGGAAUGAUCAGUGAACACUUUUUGAUGCCUAUUAACAAUCCAGGGAUUAGGAACUCGUUAAUUAGUCACUUAGUGCAUCACAGCUGUCACCUGAGAUUUUUUCAUUGGCAUAUUCAAUAUACGGAACUGUGUGUCAUCACUUGUCUAUCUAUUUACCUUUCUUUUUAUUCCACUUUUUUCGACAUUUGGAACUCACGUUUGCAUGUCCAGAAGUAGAUUUAACAUAAGGAUAAAACUUGAGCACUGUUGUAGAAUGUGAUUCCAUUUUAGUUGAUUUAUCACACAAUGAAACGGUAUCGUGUACUGGAUUACGUUUGCACAUAAUUUUUUAUCCAUAAUCAUAUCAACACAACUUUGAGACAUCCUUUAUAUAGUCCUAAUUUCCUCGCCUCCUUUGUCAUAUAGGUAGUAGGAUUUUCUAUAUAUCCGAUACAGGUGCUGAGUUAUUCCUGUUCUAUAUAUUAGGUGUUGAUUCGAUAAACAAAGAUUCAAAUGUCAAAUCCCUCUCCACCCGGCUAUAUUGGCUUUAGGGAUUUUCACCCUGUCCCAUUCUACUCUGUGGUGGUGUGUACUUGCAUGCAAAGCUAUGGCUCCGCUUUUUUCAAAUCUCUUAUCUAACUAGGAUUUACCAAUUCUGACGUAGCUAGGUAGGUAAAAAGAUCCUACAGAUCCAAUUGAGCAGAAUAAGUUAGUUUACCAAAUCCCUUGCAACGAUUGCGUGAUCAAAGUAGUCGAUCAGGAUGAAUUAGGCUAUCUGAACACAAAAACCUAGCUAUGUCAGAAUUGGUAGAUCCUAGUAAGAUAAGGGAUCUGAAAAAAAACUGAGCCAUAGCUAUGCAUGCAAGUACACACCACCACAGAGUAGAAUGGGACAGGGUAAAAAUCCUUAAAACUAACAUAGAGGGGUGGAGGGGAAUUCGACAUUUGAAUCUUUGUUUAUCGAAUCAACACCUAAUAUAUAGAACAGGAAUAACUCAGCACCUGUAUCGGAUAUAUAGAAAAUCCUACUACCUAUAUGACAAAGGAGGCGAGGAAAUUAGGACUAUAUAAAGGAUGUCUCAAAGUUGUGUUGAUAUGAUUAUGGACAACAAAUUUUGUGCAGACGUAAUCCAGUAAACGAUACUGUUCCGUUGUGUAAUACAUCAAAUAAAUCAACUAAAAGCGAAGUAUGUUUGGGCUGGAAAAGCGCCGAAAGCAAUCGGUAUAAAAAACAAUACCAGUGCAUGAAGUCUCUGAAUGUUGGCCUGAGCCAUGUAUAGAAAUGCAGACUUCGUGGACGGGUUUUGCAUGAAAAUCGAAAUUAGUGGUUAGAGUUUAGUAUGUUUGACUGAGAAUCGAUCUGUUGCGCAGGUGGGUCCAUAGUUUAUCUUCAUUCUAAUCUUCAUAUCAUAUUACUUACUAUAUCUCUUCUAUGCUUAUGACUUUCUAUGACUCGACUGCAUUUUCUCUCAUUUAUCCAUCCUUUGUUGUGUCAUAGUAUGCUGUGAACCGUUACACAGUAGCGUUGGGUCCUAUGUUGAUUCUGACUACGUAACUAGUUACUUUGAUAGUGGAUAAAGUGUAAGCUUGUAUUCGUUGGGCUAAACUUACUAUUUGCUUGGUGAAUUCCACUUUCAUCCUUACUUCUAAGCGUAUAAAUAAAUAGUUAACACGCAUUCCUCUUAUCUUGGAGUCUACCCAGGUUAAACACCAACCUAUGUCACUGACCUGUUAUUGGAACUGUGGCUUAUUGAUUUAGGGGAAUGACUCAGCCAGUCGUGGGUUCGAACCCUGCCUUACCUGCUGAGGUUUCGACCACUAGGGAGUCAAUUAGUACUCAUACAACACGUGUGGCUUAUUGCCUACUGCACGAAUGUGCACAACGUUGCUAAGUGCAUUCCGAUUUUGACUUAUCUGUUGAAGGCAUACCUAUGUACUUGUGCAAUCUAUCAAACACAUGUAGGAUAAAAGCUACAUAUACUUUUUGAGUACCAAGGAGUUUGUCCGAUUCGCACAGCUAUUUUAAAUGGAGUCGAUUUCGUGCUUUUAAGACACAGAAAUAAAGUUAUGGAACCACCUGCUCUGUUUCAUAUCCUCAGGUUACUUUGAUUGAGUUACAAAUUAUGUUUAAAAUUCGAUUUCUUGCUAUAUUUAUUCAAUUUAAACUCAAAUCCUUUAAUCAUAACCAUGUAGCAUGACGCAGAAUACCGGCAUACCAAUCAGUUACCCAGUGAUGUCCCCAAUGGAUGAUCUGAAUAAGUAUGCACAUUUGUUACAGGUCAUUGAAGAAAUGGGACGAGAUAUCAAACCAACUUAUGCAAAUAACAAAAAUGCUGCUGAGAGACUGAAGAAAAAUAUUCAUACAGCCAGAAUUUUGGUCAGAGAGUGUGUUUCAGAACUGGAACGUGUCAUGAAGGCUUAAUCCUCACAUUACGGAUUUCGGAUAGAC